AUGGAGCCAGACUGGCGUCCUUUCGCUUCAGAGACCCACACAGUGACAGCGGAGUCAGAAAACUCUGACUGGGAUUUUGCACACAUGCUGUGACUUCCACCACACAGUCAUAUCUGUGGAGAUUAUCCAGUCUAUGUUAUCAACCUUUCCAUGUUUUUGUAAUUUUACACUGAAAAACCUGAUUCUGGAGCUGUUGACGUAUUUGCUUACUGACCAAUUCUUUAGUGACUAAUAAAAUGAGACAUUUGAGGACAUCAUCUUGGAUGGACAUUGACUUUAGACUGUAACUUAAUAAUGGACGAGCUUUUCUGAUCAGACUGUUCUUAUUAAGCUGUGAACAAACAGAUCUAUGUGGGGAGUUUGCUCAGUUUGUUUUGGCAAAGAGGUUGAUAAGAUCAGAUAAGAUUGAGUCAACAAGGAGCUUAUUGACGACAGCUUUGACUUUGAGCCACCAAAGAUGGCAAAAGUUACACUUUUCUGUGAGUCUGAAGUCCGAGGGGUCUGAGUGUGGAGCUCUCUGAUGUAUCCUGAUGAACUGUUGAUGUUUUUAUGAACCGUGUCAUCUGUUUGUUUUCAGUGAGUAAUCCUAUCCCGGCGAAUCUGAGGCCAAGACAGACGCCAAGAUCCUGAGAGACUUCACAGAAAUCUCCAACAGAAAUGGACCGGACAAACUCAUCCCGGGUAAAAACACAAAACACAAACUGUCCUGAGGCAGGAGCGAUGGAGAAGUCAGGCUUCUACUUUCACCUGAAUAUCUCAGUGUUGUGAACAUAUGAAGCCUGUUUCCUCCAAGUAACCAGGGUCUUGCAUAAAUGUAAAUAUUGGGAUUGAAAUAAGAGAACUGCUCAGAGGGAAAUAGAAUCAGGAAGGAUGAGAAGAAGAAAGUAUGUAGUCAGUCCACCACUUCAGGACUGAAAUAUGUCAACAAAUGCCGGGAGUCUGCAGACCUGAACUUUCUGCUUUAGUUGACGGCAUGAACGUUUGACAGUGUGAAGAAAUUUUCCUGUUGCGUAUUUCAUGACUAUUUUCACUCCCUGAAAUAAACAUUAAAAUGUUUUAAGAAUGAUCACAAAUAUUCUGAAAGGUACUGAGAUCAUGAUUACACAUCCACAAAAACUGUUUGAAACAUCCCAAACACACAUUUUUGGACAUCUUAAGUAUCGUGGAAAGAAUGAAUAAUAAACAAAACUGGAGCUGCAAACAGAGACAAAGCGCUGUCACGUCUUUGUGUAUGUGUAUGCAGCUGUGGUGCAGUCGUUGUGAGAUACAAAUAGACUGUAUACACUUGUGUCCAUCACUAUUAAACUGUGAGCACAGAGAGGACACGGUGAGACUGUUUUCAGUCAGUAGGUAGAGCUACGAUGGACCGCGUGAUAAUCUGCUGCACCUUUUGACAAACGUAGAUAACUUUUGAUGCUCAGUGUGGGAUUUCUGUUUGAAGAUUCAGAUUCAAAUCAAAGCGGUGGACUUCCUGUUGGGUCUGGGUGCAGGAGGAUAUUUGGCAGGACACAUACACCUCUGUGAACACAAGUGUUAACCGUGUAAUCACACUGAUGUCAUGAAGUCUUUGUCUUAGAAUAGACCCAGUUUAAAACCAUGCUUCACAUCUAAGAGGGGUUUGAUUUUAUUCAGGGACUUUCCAUAAGUCGACUUUGUUUGUUAAUAAUUGUUCUGUUGUUUUUAUUCCAGCACAUGUGAUAGCGAAGGCUGAGGGUCUUACCGUCAUCUCUGUCAGCAAGGCAGGCUUUAUGAUCGCCGCCAGAGGAGGCAGCGGCAUCGUGAUCGCUCGACUCGCGGACAGACGUGUGUUUAAACGAAAACCUUAAAAAUCCUUUCCCCUGCUUUUAAACCUCUUCAAAAGUUUGAAUGUUUUGACCCCACAUGCUGUUGUGGGAACUUUGUGUUAUCCACAUCGGCAGAAACCCCCUCAGGUCAUCUUGCGGCGCUUGACUCCGCAGUGUGAAAUCAUCUGAUGGUAUCUCGUCAGUUCGGCAGUGGCGUCUCUGUCAUUUCUGAGACGGAUGUCAGAUUUUGACGCCAUGCCAAACCGCCGCAGAGGAUCAGAUGGAGAUUAUCUGAGAGGAGAUCAGGGGGUUUCUGCUCCUCUAGGUCCUCUACAAACUUGUCCUUGAAACACCAGCGGACAUGAAUUCUCCGGAAAAGCCCUUCAAGUUCUGAGUCACACUGAAGAUCCAGAUUUAAGAGGGAGUCAGCUUGUUCACUUUAGCAAAUCUUGACGUUUCUGCUCCCUUAGAUUAGUUUAAAAGUUGAUUAUUGAUCUGGGAUCAGCUGAAAUGACCCUGGAGCAGUUAAAAAUAUCCAAAGAUCUCUUUGAGUGGGAUGCUGAAGAAAAAUAUCACCUCUUCCUGAAGUGAAAUAUUCAUCUAGUCCUGUUUUAUAUCAGUCAAAUCCUCUUUUUUUUGGUGUUAAAAUGACUAAAAACAACAAAUCUUUAAAUCCCUGCUUCUGUCUGUGUUCAGGCUGGUCUGCACCGUCUGCCAUCGGCAUCGCUGGUCUGGGUGGAGGCUUUGAGAUCGGGGUGGAGGUGACUGAUGACACACAAAGCAAAAACCUUGAUGUAAAGCCUCCAAUUAUUUAAUUUAAAUCCAUUAAAUGAGAUUAAACUGGAUUAAAUGUCUGCGUUCCCUCAGGUGUCAGACCUGGUGAUCAUCCUGAACCAGCGUAAAGCCAUUGAGGUGUUCACUAAAGGCGGGAACCUGAGGCCGGGUGGGAACUGCACCGUUGCCGUGGGACCCAUGGGCAGGUGAGCACCUGCACUGGCUCACUCUUCCCUUAAUUACCUUUAAUCUUUAAAUUCGAUAUAAAUCACAGCUUACCUUUAAUGUUUAUUUCUGUCUGAAGAUUUAUGAGACCGUUAAUGACAGCGGUUUGUUUUGAGACUCGCUCAGAGUCUGAGAUAGUGACAGCAUCCGAUGUCAUUUACUGAAGCCGCUCUGAUUUAUUUGUAUGAGGUUAAUUUUAGUAUAAUACUAUCACUGUUAUCUCCGGGCAGCUCAACUGGUUUUGGUGUGACCACGAAUUUCCCUCGCAGGUACAUCCUGUCAUCAGGCUGGUUGUCUAUUCCUGUUUCUGAGUUGUGGACAAAAAGAAAAAUAACGGCUUCAUUGUUGAGCUGACUUCAGAUUCACUACUUAUGAAGAUCCAUUAGAAUAAACAGACUAAAAAUCAGUUUUAUGUCAGUCAGGAACUGGAGAGACGACUGAGACAGUCGAAACAAAAUGACAGAGGACCGAGGAUCGCACCCUGUGGAACAGCACAGAGCAAACGUGCUGCAGACCAAGUUUGUGAAGCCUCCAAAAAAUACACCAAAGUGAAAAAACCAUGAAAGAGCUCUUUUCUGGUUUCUACGUAACACUGAGACUCAAAACAGCCAAUUAUUACACAAAAAGAAGCUUCACAGUCAGAUUUAUCACCUUUUUUAUCCCACUCCCUCCUCAAAAUUCUGUGCCUACAUUACCCACGAUGCAACAAACCUGCUGAUAAAUACAUCAGAAGCAAAUUUUAUCUUUUCAUGAUCCUCGUAGUUAAUCUGGACAGUUACCAGUCUCUCCAGUUUGAUCAGGUAUUUCUGUCUUUUUCAGGAACAUCGAGGCUGUUGUGGCGUUCCGCAGCACGGCCGCUGUCUUCACCUACUGCAGAUUCAGAGGUUUGUUUGCCGGUAUUUACCCAGAGGGAUCUUACCUGAUUGAGCACAAAGACAAACAAGUAAAAAUAAAUCUAUCUCCCGUCCUCUGUCCCCAAAGGCCUGUUAGCCGAAAGCGUAUUUGUGAAACAUGA